AAACAUUCGCCAGUGAAACCAUCCACCAGUAACAUGAAAGUACUCAACGUCUGCCUCUUGGUCGUGGCCUCUGCCAGCUUCCUUCUGGCCACAGCGAACGCCAGUGCCGUAGGUGCUUUCGAGGACUUCGAGCCCUACACCGAUGCCGAGCUUAAGGAUCUCUACGCCGCCGAGUUGAUGGCAAUGGAGGAUGAGUUCAUGGGCGUCGAGCAGUUCGGCUUCAUUGGAUCGUGCCGCAAGAUUCUGUGGGCCGGAUACAAGGGCAUCAACGGCACCAAGUGCAUCGUCGAGGAGGUGGCCAAUGUGCUGCUCACCUGCACCAACUACGUAGACGACCUGAGCACCUGCACCGGCGAUAUUCCCAAGGAUAUCCAGGCCAUGCUGAACAAUGUCAAGCAAAUGAUCAUCACCAGCAACAAGAUCAUCAACAUGAAGUCCGAGCUGUGCGCCUCCACCUCCAGGAGCGUCGUCUCCUCCACCAAGAGCUUCAUGCGUUGCACCCUGAAGGCCUUCUACGCCACCAUGUCCCUUGUCCGCCGCAUGAACACAUUGAUCAAGCAGGGCGCAGCCCUGCCCUUCAACACCUCUUCCUGCUACGUCGAUGCCACCAAGAAGGUGGUCGACGGCUGCAACGCCUUUGUGCCCAACAUCAAUACCUGCAUAGCCAGCAUGACAUAAGUUGGUAAUAAAACCAUGAAAUUAUGAGCAAAGCAGAUGCUUUCUUCCUGAUUUGGGAGUUCGGGGUGUGACAACAUAUCUUAUACACCUUUCUAGCCUGUAUAGUGUCUCAGAUCACGAGAUACCGACGGACCGACAAACAUGGCUUUUUUUUGCUGUUUCAAACUUUUAAACGAAUGUGACACAUACAGAGCUUUGGAAAUCGAUGUGCUCAUUAUUACUAACUGACUUAUUUGACUUUAACCACCUUCAACCUUAUGUUCUAUACCCAUAAAAAAGGAUGUUAUAUGUUCAAAAAUCUUAAUUCUAUUGCCAAUAGACAGACUUCCUGGAUAUUCUGUACUCGAUGAUUCAAAUGAUGGGCGCCAGCGGUAUCAAUGGGUCUGGACUCCAACAAAAGCAACAAAUAGAAUAUGAAGGGAGUAAACACGUUACUCGUAGAGUAAAAAGGUAUACUAGAUUCGUUGAAAAUGUAUUGGUCUCCGACCAUGUCAAGUAUACAAUACGUCGAUACGUUCCGACCAAAAUUCCUUAGCCACACCGAGUUGGUUAGCGCGGUGGCUGGAAAUUUUAGGUAUAAAAAUUGAUUUACAAAAUUAAGAAAAACUUACCACACCGCCAACGGCAAAGGAAAACAUGGGGCCCACGAUGCCACGCCCACUCUACCGCCCACAAGCCGCCUAAAACUGCCACGCCCACACUUUUGAUCAAUUUUUCUUAUUUUAUUUUCCAAUUCCUAUCGAUAUCCCAGAAAAAUAAUAAAAUUUCGCGCUCGCAUUCACACUAGCUGAGACACGGUUAUAUAAUUAUCGGGGAACUCGACUAAAGCAUUCUCUCUUUUGUUUUAAAUUAUAUAUAUGUAUUUAUUGUUUCAUUCGUUCGCUUUUUCAUUC